GUGCAGGAAGGCGUUGCUCUGGCUGGAAACCCGACUAGAGGAUCGGAAAAUGGCGGACCUUGAAGACGUUACGCUGGACGGGAGACCGCUUCAGUCCCUCCGAGUUGCGGAUUUAAAAGCAGCUCUCGAGGAAAGAGGGCUGUCGAAAAGCGGGCAAAAGAAUGCUCUCAUUAAAAGACUCAAAGGGGCUCUCAUGCUCGAGAAUUUGCAGAGAACGUCUACACCUCACAUUGGUCUCCAGCCAAACUCUCAGAUUGGUGAAGAAAUGAGCCAGAACAGUUUUAUUAAACAGUAUUUGGCUAAGCAGCAGGAGCUUCUGAGGCAGCGUCUGGAAAGAGAGGCUCGGGAAGCAUAUGAAACAAACGAACAACAGGACCACGCAGACGUUAACAACAGUACACAAUGCCCUCCCCCUGCCCAGGAUAUCACACAGGGAAUAGCAGGGCAACACAUGCCACCUGACCCAGAGUUUGGGUCACUGAAUGCAGGACAAGGAAACGCUAAUCAGGAAGCUGACGUGUCCAGUCCACCUGCUUCUGGCUCUGUAUCCAUGCGGGUUCCUGCUGUUGAGCAAAGGCAAGAUCGAGGCUUCGCGUCCGGUGAAGCUGCAGGCGACAGCGACGACGAUGACAGCGAAGGUGGAGAAGAGGAACGCAACGACGAUGACUGGGACAGUAACGCUCGAAGGAGAAAUUUCCGAGAACAAGCCAGAGUCCCCGCAGCAAGGGAGAGGUCAGGGGUAUCCCGGCAACCACAGCAGCAACACAUCCCUCCCCUUUUGUCUCCUCAACUCCGCCAACCAACACCUCCUCCCUCCCCUCCUCCAGAGUUAUCAUUUCCUUUACCUGAUACCCCAAAGCAGAGCCCACCCAGUCCCGAUGUCGCCCCAGCCAGACACUCACCCAGUACCUCCAGCUCCGGUUCCUCCAGCAGCGACAGCCGCAGUAGCAGUCCAGAACCGCAGAGGGGUGCACACGCUGAGCGCAAGCCUGGCCCACUGACCCUGCUGGCACGCAAAAUGGCAUCAGAGGGGGCUUUCUCUGGACCAAGUUGGCAUGGCACAGCGGGAGAAGGCGAUAUGCAAGACAACAGGUCUCUAGAGGGUCUGGUAUCUGCCAUCACUCACACAGCAAAUACAGCAGGCCAUAUAUCAUUUCCCAUGAUUCCAGGAACCCACCAGAGUGUCUCUGGUGCGCAUUCUGCUCACACCGAAGUGCCUGUGAGUGUCCUAAGAGCCACAGUGGUAGACGAGAAGGACAGACAGUUUCAGGAAAAUGAAAAAGCACUUGAGUUGGAACGGCAGGAGAAGAUGAAGAAGCUCGAGCAAGAAAGAGCACUUGCUCUCGAGAGGGAAAAAGCUCUGGAAAGAGAGAAAUUGGAGCGACAGCAAGCCUUAGAAAGGGAAGAAAAAGAGAAGGCUUUACAGCGGGAAAGAGAACUUGCUCUGGAAAGAGAAAGGCAGGAGAGGGAGCAAGCGUUGGCUAGGGAAAGGGAGGAGCUAGAAAGGCAGAAGGAGCUUGAAAGACAACGAGCUCUGGAGCAAGAACGCCUGCAGAGAGAAAGAGAGGAGAAGGAAAAGCGGGAGCGGGAGGAAAGGGAGAGGCAGCUGGAGUUGGAGAAAGCCAGGGAGCGGGAGAGAAAACAGCAAGAGAUUGAACAGGCUCUGGAACAAGCAAGAUUGAAGAGAGAAAGAGAAGAGGCAGAGAAAAAGGAGAAGGAAAGAGUCGAGAGGGAAAGAGCUUUGGAGCUUGAACGGCUUGAAAAGGAAAAAAUUGAGAGGGAGAAAGCUUUGGAGAAGGAGAGAAUGGAGAAGGAGAGAAUUGAGAGAGAAAAAGCUUUAGAGCUCCAGAGAAUAGAAAGAGAAAAAGCUCUAGAGCAAGAAAGACUGGAGCAAGAGAGGAAGGAAAAAGAAAGAGUUGAAAGAGAGAAAGCACUUGAGCUUGAGAGAAUAGAGAGGGAAAAACGAGAAAAUGAAGAAAAAGAGAGGCUUGAAAGAGAGCGAGCUUUAGAGCAGGAAAGAAUUGAGAGGGAAGAACGAGAGAAAAAGGAGAAGGAGGCAGCUCUAGAACAGGAGAGGUUGGAGAGGGAAAGGGCUGAAAAAGAAAGGCAAGAACAGUUGGAGAAGGAGAAGGCUCUAGAGCAGGAGAGACUUGAGAAGGAAAGAGCUUUGGAGCUGGAAAGACAGAAAAAGGAGAAAGCUUUGGAAGAAGAAAGAGAAAGGGCUCUGGAACGGGAAAGACUGGAGAAUGAGGAGGCCAUGAAGAAGGAAAAGGAGGAGAAAGCAAAGCUUAUUAGCACAGAAAAGGAGAGUGAGACCUGCCUUUCUCCAUCCAAACCCAAACCUGGUCCCGGGAUUGGUCUGACUUCCCUGCCCGAUCCUUCACUCCUGUCUACAGGAACAGCUAGAAACCUGCCGACAGAAGCAGGAGAGCGUGGAGAUGUUGGUGCUCCGGUGACGACGAGUGAAGCUCAGGCAGCAAAGACUGAAGUAACCGUGUCCCCGCAUAAGAGGUUUCACUUUGUACGGGUCUCCCCGAGUCAACCCCAGUCCUCAUCCACUCCUAUGGUUAUCAAGCGGCCUCGCACGUUCUCAGACACCCCUCAGCCCAGAGGUCAACCCAUCACCGCAUCAAGCAGUGCCAAAGAGCAACAGCUUGAACGGCAAGUGUCCCCCCUUAAGCAGCAAGACCCACAGAAUCUGACAAAUCGAGAAGUUUCAACUGCAGCAGGUCAGUCUGAGCAGAAAGACGCAGCUAAACCUGCGGCGCACCAGAGUCAACAAGAGGAGACCAAAAGGCUUGUGUCUGAAGAAAAACGGGUUGAUUCAGCAAAGGCUUCAAAACAAGACGAGGAAAGCAAGGGUUCUGUAAGCGCAGACACUCCAGAACAGAAGAGUACUGAUGCAAAGAAGAAAAAAACAAGAUCGUCAUCAUCUAAUGACUCCUCCUCUUCAGAGUCAGACUCUGGAUCUUCAUCAUCUCGCUCAUCGAGCUCGUCCUCAUCUUCUCAGGAUAAAAGUUCUUCAAGGGGGAGAGAGGAGGGGAAGCGUGAAAGGGCUUCCUCCCAGCACCACAUGGACACAACAGAAGCCCAGGCAGAGGUCUUGAAAGAAACUAAAAACGUCUCUCUUUGUAGAAAUGUCAAUUCCAUAGAGAACAACAACAAUAUUGAUGGAGAAACUCCCAACAAGCACCUGUCUGAAGCAACAACCAGAGAAUCCAGACAGACCACAGAAAAUGAAGAAGAGGAGGAAAGGGGCAAGCAAAGGCAGGGAAAGGAGACAGCCAUGGUAGAUUCACAGAAGCUCUCAGAGACUGGAGAGGAGACGCCAAAAACCUUCUCAGCGCGUAAGAUCUCUCUUGGCAACAACAAAUCAUCCCCAGGCACAAGCAGCGCAGAGGCGGAGCAGGAGGCUGGGGGAGUGGCUGGUCGCAAAAGGAGAUGGGGCUCCAGCACGGUUGUCACUGCCAAGAAGCCUUCCAUCAGCAUCACCACAGAUUCACUGAAGUCUCUGAUUCCCGACAUCAAACCCAGUUUGGGUCAGGAGGCAGUAGUGGAUCUACAUCCCGAGGAAGCUGCCCUCUCCGGGGCAGAGGAGGAAGACAGGGAGCGCUCGGAGCAGGACCUCCAAAUCCGCCGCACUGUCACACAAGUGGUGCACGCAGAAAGCCCGGAGAAUGGGGAGAACGAGGCAAAGAGGAGCAGGCGACAGGAGGUAGAGGAGGAGGACUGUCGGGCUGAGCAAGACAGAAUAAAGACCCAGGAGGAGCAGGUGGAGGUCUCCCUCCCUGGAACUGUGGAAGCCCAGAUUCCAGCACACACCAGCCCUGAUGUAGAAAUGAACACUGUGACUCCCAGCGACACCCUCAUUCGUCGCUCAAUCAGCCAGCAGAAAACGGGCGUUUCCAUCACCAUCGAUGAUCCUGUCCGCACAGCCCAGCAGCCCUCCCCACCCCGAGGAAAAGUCUCCAAUAUUGUCCACAUAUGCAACCUGGUGAGGCCGUUCACACUGGGACAGCUGAAGGAGCUGCUCAGCAGAACUGGAACGCUGGUGGAGGACGGGUUCUGGAUUGAUAAAAUCAAGUCCCACUGCUACGUCACUUAUUCCAGUGUAGAGGAGGCAGUUGCUACACGGACAGCUCUGCAUGGAGUGAAGUGGCCUCAGAGCAACCCAAAAGUCCUCAGUGUGGACUUCUGCCAGCAGGAUGAGUUGGACUUCCACAAAAGUUUGGGAACAGCAGAACGGCCGGGUGAUGAUCAGGGGCCCGGCCCCGGCCGUGGGCGAGCGCUGGGCCUCCCCCCGCUGCUUCCAGAGCGAGACCAAUGGGCUGAACGGGAGCGGGAGAUGGAGCGCCGAGAGCGGGCUCGGGCAGAGCGCGAGUGGGAUCGGGACAAGAUCAAGGAGUUCGGGAAGCAUGGAGAGGACAAGGAGGGGGGUUCUCGGAGAUCACGUUCCAGGGAGAGGCGACGUAAGGAAAGGGGAAAGAGCAAGGAGAAGAAGGCGGAUAAGAAGGCUGAUGAACCUCCUGCAAAGUUGCUAGAUGAUUUGUUCUGCAAAACUAAAGCAACUCCCUGCAUUUAUUGGCUUCCACUGACUGAUGAACAGUAUGUUCAGCGGCAAGCUGCCCGAGCAGAGCGGAUGAAGGAGCGGGAGAAACUAAGGAAAGAGCUCGAAGAGGAGGAGGAGAAGAAAAGGGAAGAGGAACGCAAGGAACGAAUGAAAGCCACAGGGGCCACAACCGGAGACCAGGGCGAGGGGGAGAAGGACAAGGACCGAGACAGGGAGAGGGACAGAAACAGAGACCGGGGCAGGGACCGGGACCGGGAGAGGGAGAAUGACAAGCGCAGGGAUAGCCAUCGUAGACCAGGGGCCAGCGGGGCAAGCUCCAGCCGGCGUUCACGCAGCCGCAGCGACCCCAGAGACCGGAGGCGCUGAUGGACUCCACCCUCUUUCUUUUGCCUUUCACUACAUGUACUUUGUUACAAUUUAAGACCCAAAAAAAACAACAAAAAAAAACUAAUGAGGACCAACUGAUGUCGAUUCCAUCUGUCACUUUCUUCAAAGCACAUCAACACAGUGGCGCAUAAGGGGACCAUCCUGUUGUUGUUUUCAGAGUGCUGUACAUCUCACUCCUGGCGAGGAUUCAAAUGGAUUUCUUCACUCUCAUCUCUUCAGCUCUCCGUUCUGGUUGUGUAGCGGUAUGCCAUCCCGGGUAGUUUGACUUCUGUACCCAAAGAUUUCCCAUUCGCUCCGACAUUUAGGUGCCAACGAAUGAAUCCGAGUCGGCUGUUGCCCGAGUGGGAAACACUCGACGCAUCAGUGAGAAGCCUUUUCUCCUCCUGCUGCAUGCAGUGCAGGGCCGCUCCCAAGAGUCCUGCUGUUCCGCACAGACGGCGGCAGAAAUCAGAAAAUAUUGGAAUCGGCCUGUUUGGCAUUUUGUACAGACGUAUAAGAUUAUUCAAAGUUGAGUCUUUAAAUAAGGCAGCUUUGGGGUAUUUUUCACUAAGUGUGUAAUAACUACUAAGGCGAUGCAGUGUUCCUCUUUCUCUGUUGAAAAGAGACGAGAUGAUUCUCUGCAGGAGAAAAUCUGUCACAUCUACAAUUUAUGAUUAAGUCCAUGUUAAAUCUAUUUCCCUUCUUUGAUUUCUCUCCUGUAGUGAGAGUACGGGCUGCAGAAGGGGGGGGGGGUCACGUUAAGACUUUCCUCACCAAUGGUUUUAAUAUUGUUUUUAAUUAUUUUAUCAUUUUAGCAUAAAGAUUUGGAUUUUUCUUUUUUUUAUUUCUUUGAGUACACCCAUCAGUGGUGAAUGUACAAAAAUAAAAUUGAAAUUUAAAAUGA